AGCUUCUAUUUACUGAGGAACUGCUGCUGCUAGACUUCAACAUUAACCCAUCAAAACACGAACUUCUGUCCGUCAUACAGAUAUUUCUCCAUUCGACCCCUCACAUAUUGCAAGUGGCUUCUUGAGGCUGGGAUUUUGAAUGGAGUGAGUGUUGUGCCCCAAUGAGAUGACUGACCAGGGCAACAACAACCAGAACAUCUCCUGCAACCCCUUCGCUGCCCUCUUCAGCUCACUGGCUGAUGCCAAGCAGUUCGCAUCAGGCCAGAAACCACAACAGCAGUCGGCUGAAGCGCCAUUGGAGGACUCAGGAGAGAGCCAGUCGGAGUCGGAGAACUCCGUGUCAGACAGCGUUGAUGAAAACGAUGACUCCGUGGCAGAGAUCAGCCGCUCUUUCCGGUCCCGGCAGGAGCUCUGCGAACAGCUCAAUGUCAAUCACAUGAUCCAGCGCAUUUUCCUCAUCACUCUGGACAACAGCGACCCCAGUCUGAGAGGAGGUAAUGGCAUCCCGCCUCGCUGUGUUUACCUGGAGGAGAUGGCUGCGGAUCUGGACGGACAGGACUGGCUGGACAUGGACAACAUAGAGCAGGCAUUGUUUAACCGGCUGCUGCUGCUCGAGCCAGGAAACCAGCUCAUCUACAUGACCUCAUGCAGUGCUGUGAACCUCUCCGCUGACCGGGAUGCUGGCGAGAAAUGCGCCAUCCCUUACCUCUUUGCGUGCUACCAAAGGGCAAAGGAAGAGGUGACGAAGGUACCAGAGAAGCUACUUUCGUUUGCUGUUCGCUGCAAAAAUCUCACAGUGUCCAACACUCGAACAGUCCUCCUCACUCCGGAGAUCUACAUCAGCCAGAAUGUGUACGAACAGCUUCUCGACCUGCUGCUGGAGGCUUUCAGUGGAGCGCAACCUGAGGAGGUGGUGGAAUUUGUGGAGGAGGUCAUCACUGGCCUGCUCUCUGACCAGGAGGUGCGGACCUUUGAGGAGGUGAUCGUACCGGUGUUCGAUAUCUUCCAGGGACGCAUCAAAGACCUGGACCUGUGCCAGCCUCUGCUUUACUCCUACCUGGACGUUCUCCUCUAUUUCAGUCACCAUAAAGACAUUGCCAAGGUAUUGGUGGAGCACAUUCACCCCAAAGAUCCAGCCAAUGGUUUACAGUAUCAAAAAAGUUUACUGGGGACAGUUCUUAAUAUCUCCUGCUUGCUGAAAACCCCGGGGGUGGUGGAGGGACACGGCUACUUCCUGAACCCGUCUCGCUCCAGCGCCCAAGAGACAAAAGUUCAGGAGGCCAACAUCCACCAGUUCAUGGGCCAGUUUCAAGAAAAGCUGCACCAGAUCUUGAAGAACCUGCUGCAGCGGUCUGCUGAGACUCGCCACCUGCUGCUGCAGUGGUUGGGCAGUUGUCUGCAGGCCAACGCCGGCCGCACGAAGAUCUGGGCCAAUCAGAUGCCCGAGAUCUUUUUCCAGAUGUACGCCUCCGACGCGUUUUUCCUGAACCUGGGUGCGGCUCUGCUGAAGCUGUGCCAGCCCUUCUGCAGGCCGCGCUCACCCAAGCUGCUCACCUUCAACCCCACAUACUGUGCACUCAAAGAGCUGAGUGAAGAGGAGAGGCGCAAUCGCAACGUGCACGCAAGAGGUCUUGACAAGGAAACCUGCCUGAUCCCAGUGCCCCCUCAGCAGCCAGUUGAAUCUGCACAGUCUUACAGCCUCCUGACUGAAAAUCUCAUCCUCACGCAGCUCACCUUGCAUCUGGGCUUCCACAGACUCCAUGAGCAGAUGGUGAAGAUGAACCAGUCCCUCCACCGGCUCCAGGUGACAUGGCAGGAGGCCCAGCGGACGGGCAACCCGAUGUCGGAGCAGCUCCUGGAGCAGUUUGAGCGCCUGAUGAUUGUUUAUCUGUCAACCAAAGCUGCCACCACGCAGCCCGCCAUGCUGCAAUGCUGCCUUAACCUCCAAGCUUCCACUGCUGCUCUGCUCGUUCAGCUCGGAGUGGGAAACCAGGGACCCGAGCAUGUACCGCUCACUUUUCCCCUCCCUUCUCUACAGAAUACUAUGCUCUGCUAUGUACCAGAGUUUUUUGCAGAAAACCUGGGAGAUUUUUUCAUCUUCCUCCGUCGAUUUGCUGACGACGUCUUGGAGACUUCAGCAGAAAAUCUGGAGCAGAUUCUUCACUUCAUUACUGUCUUCAUGGGUAACGUGGAAAGAAUGAAGAACCCUCAUUUAAGAGCAAAGCUUGCCGAGGUUUUGGAGGCGGUGAUGCCUCACAUGGAGCCGCUGGCUCCUGGCGCUGCUCAGCCAAUCGUUUUCCAGAGAGAAAGAGUCUUCUGCUCCUACAGACACGCUCCUCAGCUGGCCGAGGCCCUCAUCACUGUGUUUGUGGACAUCGAGUUCACAGGUGAUCCUCACCAGUUUGAACAGAAGUUCAACUACAGACGGCCCAUGUAUCCAAUCCUCAAGUACAUGUGGGGCAAAGACAGCUAUAGGGAGAGCAUCAAGUGUUUGGCAAACUAUGCAUCUGAGAACCUGGAGGCCAUGAACCCGCCACUGUUCCUCCGGUUCCUCAACCUACUCAUGAAUGAUGCCAUCUUUCUCCUGGACGAGGCCAUUCAGUACCUGAGUAAAAUUAAAGUCCUGCAGCUGGAGCGGGAUCGGGGGGAGUGGGAGGGCUUGGCCCCUGAUGCCCGACGAGAGAAGGAGUCAAGCCUGCAGAUGUUUGGACAGCUGGGGCGCUUCCACAACAUCAUGUCCAACGAGACCAUCGGCACACUGGCCUUCCUCACCUCAGAAAUCAAGGGCAUCUUCGUGCACCCGUUCCUGGCUGAAAGGAUCAUCUCCAUGCUGAACUACUUCCUGCAGCACCUGGUGGGUCCCAAGAUGGGCGCUCUUAAAGUCAAAGACUUCAGCGAAUUCGACUUCAAGCCCCAGCAGCUUGUUUCGGACAUCUGCACAAUCUACCUGAACCUUGGUGAUGAGGAGAAUUUCUGCGCUACAGUCCCGAAGGAUGGUCGGUCGUAUUCUCCCACUCUCUUCUCUCAGACUGUUCGAGUACUGAAGAAGAUCAACAAGCCCGGGGACAUGAUCGUGGCUUUUGGCCUCCUUGCUGAUAAAAUAAAGUCCCACGCAGACCGGCAGCAGCAGGAAGAGGAGACAUACGCAGAUGCUCCGGAUGAAUUCCUGGACCCCAUCAUGUCCACUCUGAUGAUGGAUCCUGUUCUGCUCCCUUCUUCCAAUGUGACGGUGGACCGCUCGACUAUAGCAAGGCAUCUUCUCAGUGACCAGACCGACCCUUUCAACCGCAGUCCUCUCACCAUGGACCAGAUAAGGCCGAACGAGGAACUCAAACAGCAGAUCUUGCAGUGGCUUGAUAAGCAUAAGCAGGAGCGGCUGCAGCUGGGACCCAGUGGCUAGUUUCAAUCUCUCACUGUGACGAACAAUGACUCAUCUCACGUCAUCGUUUUUCCCCUUUCUUUCUUUUCCCUUUUUUUUUUUUUUUUUUUUUUUUUUUUUUUUCCUGGUCGACACGCUCCUCUGCUUUACCGCUGAUCCAUGCUGUGCUUACCUCUGUGGAUCCAACGAUCCGCUCAUUAAUUAGCCUCUUCCUUCAGCCUCCGUGCUUCUUGGACCUCCUCCGUGACAUCAGUCCAGGCAAACUGUAGCCCACCUGCUGGCAUCACCGUCAUCGCCCAUGGACGGUAGCCGCUCUUCUCCCAUGAUGCCCUGCUGUAAGCACCGACGGGAUGAUGCAGACUCUGGUUCCACAUUGAUCAGCCAUUAAUCACCAGGACUGAGCCCUCACAGAUCAGUUGUUCAGCACGUGAAUGUACUGUAUGAAACCUUGACUGAUCUGUUGGCUCUCACCACGUUUUAUACAGCGAGGUGAGUAUUUUUUAGGAGCUCACAAGUCAGGACAUGGAUGAAGUUCAUUCAUAUUUUAGCUUUUAAUCCACCCUCAUAAACAAUACAUUGCACACUGCCUUUCAAAAGUUCUUUAACACCCUUUAUGUCGCUUCAUUUACAACCAGUAUGUUCAUUGUAAAUAUAAAUAGCACUUAAAAGUGUGGCACAGGUGAAAAUGAUUACAGGUUUGUGACUUUUAUUUGAUUUAAAGUGAACAGAUUUACUUAAAGGCAUUUAAAAUCUUGUUCACUUCGAUAUUAUUUGAGUAUGUCAAGAGUAGUUUGUCGGAUGUGGAAGCUCCUAUCUUUAAUGAAGCUGUGGUGAUUUUCUUAAAUUGUGAGAACUUCUUAUUAAAAUUUGUUGGAUGAAAUAAAUUAAAAUAUUUCAGUUGCUUAAUGGCAAUUACACUAAUUUGAACCAUGGCAAAAUGAAACCAUCUACCUAAAAAUGUCAGAGUGCAUGUUAAAUUGCUCAGUUAUUAAGUGUGGCAUUGAUAGACGGUUUGUGUGGAGAGGACAUGUGGGAGCUGUUCACAGCUGUGAUAGACAAAUGGUAAUUGACAGUGAUGUGGCAUCUCAGGGACGCAGAGGAAGGAGGGCAGCUCAAAAAGAAAACAAAAUGAUUGUGUGGCAUGAAAGUGUUCCAUCUGUGGAAAUUAAAAGGCUUUUGAAUCAGUUUACUUAGGAGCUACAGAAGAAAGAACAGCUGCUUUUACAUGGCAGCAGACUAUUUUUUUUAUGGGUAAAAGUUGCAGAGAUCCUCUUGAGGACAUUUAAGAGAGAUAAAAAGCAAGCACCAGCUGAUCGAUGCACACACAACAGAUAAAAAAACAAAAGUAGAACACAGUUUACGGACGUCUUUGGCAUUUAAGUAACUUUGACUAAAUUAACCUGGACACUUGCAGCUUUCUUACAGCUACUUAAUACUGUGCAACAGUUAUUUUCAAUCACUGAACUCACUGGAACAGGAGGAGGAAUCAGUAUUUAGUGCAUCCACCCCAUUUACUAAACUGUCUCAAAAACAGCUUCUGUUCUUAUGUGUAAACCUUUUUAAGGUGUUCUUCAAGGAAGUUCUCUAAAGCACAGAUCUUCUGUGAAUGUAGUCUGGCUCUUAGUCUUCUCUCGAUCCCGAUCAGACUCCAAGAUGUUGAGAUCAGGAAUCUGUGGGGACCAUAUCAUUCCCUCCAAGACUCCUGAUUUGUCUUUCAGUCCCCAAGGUAGCACUUAAUGACAUUGGGUGUGUGAUUGGAAUUGAUGCGUGCUCCUGCAGUGUAAAUCUGGAACCAGUUAUGCUUUAAAUGUUUGCGCAAUGCUGUAUGUUGAUGAGAAACAUAGUCGCUGAUCAGUGAAAUGUCAUAUUUCUCCUGAAAUAUUUGUAGUAGCGAAGCUAAAAACAAAAUCUGACGUGGGAAAUUAAAUGUGCAGUCCAGCGAAAUCCUGAGCUGAAUGAGUCCAUCGUCACAUGCUGAAUAUGACUGUGUAAAGAUAUGUAUAGAUGUGCUGAUUUCUCUUUUUUUUAUAGCUGAAAGUCACACCUGUUUUUCCAUGUAAUUCUGUUUUAUGGUCUUAAUCAUGACUGCAAUUAUUUCCCAUUAGACAAACAUGGGGGUUGAAUCAUUUUUGACUGGCAGUGUGCUGAACAGCUUUCAACCAUUCAAUUAACGCUCACCUGAUCACAGUUCAUGUAUUCCUGAGCUCGCGUUUUUCUACUGAUUUUUUCUUUUUCUUUCUUUUUGUGCGUGCCUGUGUGCGUGCAAGAGUAGUGAAUUGAUGUGUGGGUAAGCAGUCGAUCAAUAGAAUCGGUGCCUAAAACCAAGAGCCUUGCAGUAAAUGUCAGCGGGUGGGAAUCCGAUUUGUUUCACGAUGAUGAAAUAUGUUUUCUUUGAGGACUAAAUGGAGCUGUGUGUGACGGAGAGAGAGGACCCCAAGGAGAUUUCAUGUUUUUAAGAAACAUUUCAGACGAAAAGGUUUUGAUACAAAGUGGAGUUUGUGUGAGGAAUGGAGAAGACGACUCUGUGUUAGUUGGCAUGCUCUUAUUCAGAAUAUUUACCGCCUGAAUGAUUUCAUGGUUUAAGUUAUAAUGCAAUAUUUUUUUUUGUUUUAACUGUGAUUAUAAAAUUAUUAUUUUGGAUGUACAGUAUGAUUAAGAAAUAAACUAAUGUGCGCUA